AUGAGCAAACUGGGUGUAGAUGCAUUGACGCGCCUGCGGUCAACAUUUGGUUCCAAAGUCAGUUCUCAAGUCGUCCAAGACGUCCUCUGUGAACUAUUGGAGAACGCGUCUUGCGAAAUCAAGUCAUACACAGACGCCGUCUACUUGAACUACUUUGAAAAUGGGAUCAGCAUCCUGCUCGCCCCAGACACUGGAUACCGACCUGGCACACUUGACACGUCGGUAGACUAUGACCGCUUGACUGUUCAAAGUGUCGAUCUGUAUAACGCGACGACAGAAAACUCCUCCAACAAGCAACGAUACUCUCCGUUUUCGCACCUUCCAUUGGCCAUCCCAAAGGUAGAUGGUGCAAGUUUCUUGGUUUCAGCAAGCUCGACGGGAAAGGACUUUGUCGAUGCCUUUGGAGAACCCCCGAGGAAAGGAGGAGGGGAUGGGCCAUCCUCUGGCUCGAUUGGAAUCUGGCUCGAAUGGCCAAACGUUGGAAUUAUGGUAGAAUUCGAAGCACGGGGUCCACAAGCUUGGGAAAAAGGCAAGGACAUGCGUUGGAAGGUUAUUACACUCUUUACGCCCAAUUAA